CUAGUUCUGGAGACACAAAGGGGAAGCGAGCGGCAGCGGGACGCGGGGCUCAGCGGCGCCAGCACCAGCACCGCGCGCGUCUCCCUCCGGCCAAGAUGCAGGUCCGUGGGCUUCUCCUCGUCAUGGUGCUGAUCAUCAUAGCUGCAACCUCUGAGGCUGGUAAAAACAAGAAAGACAAGGUGAAGAAGAAUGGCUCUGAGUGUGAGGAGUGGCAGUGGGGGUCCUGUGUCCCUAACAGCAAAGACUGCGGUUUAGGCUACCGUGAGGGGACCUGCAAGGAGGAGACCAAGAGAGUCAAGUGCAAGAUCCCUUGCAACUGGAAGAAAGAGUUUGGAGCUGACUGCAAGUACAAGUUUGAGAACUGGACUGGAUGUAAUGUUCAAACAGGCUUCAAAACCCGCUCUGGCACCCUGAAGAAAGCCCUGUACAAUGCCCAGUGCCAGGACACCAUCCUCGUGACCAAACCCUGCUCUCCCAAGAUCAAGUCAAAAUCCAAAGCCAGGAAAGGAAAGGGGAAGGACUAGAGGGGAGGAGACCUUCCCCCUAACCCCUGGACAUGGUGCCUGAACCUGUUUGGACACAUCACUUGGAGCUGCAGCCUGGUCCCCCCGCUUGGCGAUGUUCUGCCAAAUUCCAUUCUUCCUCCUUAACCAAGAUGCCUUUUCUAAUCACUAGUUUUGUAGAGAGCAAAUCCACCCCUUCCUGUCAGAGGUGCUGUCUCUUUUCCCUGUACCCUCCCUCUGCCACUAUCUGGCAUGUCCUGUCCUGCUCUUGUUCUCAGAUACUCGGUGUGAUGUGUGGGGUGCUCUGGGCUGGUAAUGGCUGGAGCCUUUUGCAUUUUGGGCCUGUCUUUGAAGCCAAGUGGCUGUUGGCCUUGCCCUGGCGAACUUGGGAGCCUUAUGACUCAUCUGAUUGACAGUGGUGCUUUCAGGAAACAGAAAAACUAAACCUUGACAAGUAAACCAGGUGGAAGGGGUGGGCAUGCAAGGAGCCCCGACACCUCUGGACUUUCACCAAAGGGCUCACAUGCAAUGGGAAGACCUGGAGCCAUUGCUGCCUUGUUUCUGGUUUCCUUGACUUUGCAAGAGGUCACGUCUGCGUGCUGCCUGUGGUCCUCUGUGCAUUCAGUCCUCCUUCACCCCCCAGCCCAGGUUCCUCUGAAGAUAUCUCUUUCAGAUAUGGCCUCUUCAUUCAGGGUGACCCCUUCCUGCUGCCUGGCUUGCCACCAGCAGCUGACUGGGUUUCCUGCAGCAACCAAGG